UGCAGCCUUGGAGCAGUGGAGCAGCAUGCCAAGGGGCCAUCUGUGGAGAUGACACAGGCGUCAGCCAGAUGCCACAAGCAAGGAUGGCCUCAGCAUCUGAUUCUGGAACCAGCAGAUCACUAUGAGGAGCCUGGUGAUGGCAGGAACAUCCCAGCGAGGAUGGCUUGUCGAGGAGGAAGGCUGCGGAGCCCUGGCCAUCUGAAAGCUAAGUGGAGGGUCUGGGAGGAGGGGACAAGGUUGGGGAUUGGAGGGGAGGUUUUCAAAGUUGGUGUAGGGGAGAGGACUGGCAGAGCACAGUCCCCUUGGGGCAGGCAAAGGGAGCAGGUUACUCUUCAGCACAAUGUCAGUGUGUACAGGGCAGGGCAGCUCCAACCUGUGUCUGGCGUGUACUUCGUGUCGUCUGUUUUCUGUGUCUCAGACUGUAUGUUCCUUGGGUCUUGGUGCCUCCAUAGCUCGGUGACCAGCAGGCACCUCGGUAGCCCUCCCAAGAGUCCAGAAUGCAUCACUUCACUGGCACAGAGCCUGUUGAGCCCAUCUCAUCUCACAAUUACAGCUUCAUGCUUGGAUCUCUUUAGUGUGUGUCACUUGCUGGCUGUUCCUGAGCGUUCAUCUCUUGCGGUGGCCAGCCAGGUGCUGCCUGCAGCUCUGCUCUUGAGUCUGCAGUUUCCACAGAGUCAUUUUCUGGGGUUUCAUCCCUGUGUCCUCACUGGUCUUGGUCUUCGAGCAUGGCUUCUCACACAUCCCUUAUUCUGGCUUCGAUGGCAGCUUUCUCUUGUGUGUGGCUGCAAUCUCCUCUCCUUGGCAGGUCUGCUUUAGAGCAUCUGUGCCAUCGUGGCACUGUAGGGCUUCUCUGCCAGCAUCAUCUUCCCUAUGGGAAUCUUUUACUGAGCAAGGACAAGAGACUUAUAGAAAGUUACAAAGGUCUUGUGAAACAAAGAUCCUGAUCUUGUUGAAACAAGAAGAUGGGGAAGCACGUGCUUUUCUUAAAAUGUGGCAGAAUUGCCGAAGUUGCUGUAGCUGAGCGACGUCUGCUCGUGACAAAAUCAACAAUAUGGAAACCAGACCUUCAGCAUUUAGGCUGCCCGCCUCCAACUGAAGACCUACCCACUGUGUGUCCUGUACCACGAAAUCAGAGUGAGAAAUUCACUAACCAAUCAGAGUAGAAUAACCGUGAAUAUGUAUUAGGUGGAGCAAACUAACCAAAAGUGUGUGAAUGUGUAGAGUUUUGUGACUUCAGGGGGCAGCUUUGUGUCUUACCACCUCUCGCCCUGUGUUUGCCUAAAUGAAUGAAAUAAAUGAAAAUACCUUGGCUCUGUAUGUAUUUUGGCAUCUUGCAUAGUAGGUGAAUGACCCCACUUUUGGUAUAAUGAGGUAUAACACUCGGGGUGUCCGUGUGUAGUCCUGGUCUGUGUGUGAGGGUUGGAGCUUCCCUGCCCAGGGAUGCAGCAGUACUGAUGACAGGGUAGUGUAGCUUUAUGGGGGUGUGGAAGUAAGUUGGUUUGGACCAGUUCUGUUGGCAGAGACCAUAUGGUCCAUCUCUGGGCAAACAGGUGUAGGCAGCUGCCACAGUUGUGUUCACUUUUCUUUAUGGUCCGGGGCUAGGAUUGGAUCCAGCCGCACCUAGACUCCUCUGAGAAGGAGUUUAGAAAGCAA